UUCUUGCGAAUGCAGAGGGACAGGGAGCAGGCGAAGGGUUACAGAUCAGCAGGCUGCGUCUGCGCGGAGUUGAGAAGGGGCUUCCGUGGCUGCAGGGUCGCAGAAACGGGUGUGAUGCAAUCACGCCAGUCCGUGCGUCAAAGGGCGGCUCCCAGGACGCGGGGACUGCGCUGGCGCUGGACCCGCCGCCGCCCUCUCGGUCCCGGCUGCUGCGGGGGGCGCUCGGGUCCGCUGCCAUUAACCUUCGUCCCCCGCCAGGAAAAUCACCUAGCGUCACCGGCGACCCCCCCGACCCCAGCUCAGCACCAACGGCACCCCCUGGCAACAGCCCUAGCGACCUGUAACUCUUGACAACCGCCCCAGCCACCGGUAACCCCUGACAACCGUCCCACCCCACCCCAGCCCGGGGGCCCGCUCCGGGGCGCCGAGGCGGCGGCCAGCGGCGCGGGGGCCCGGCCAAGAGCAAGAGCCGCCGCAGGAAGGGCGCCAGCGCGGUGUCCGUGGAGCCGCACCGGCACGAGGGCGUGUUCAUCUACCGCGGCGGGGAGGACGCGCUGGUCACGCUGAACAUGGUGCCCGGCCUCUCGGUGUACGGCGAGCGGCGCGUCACCGUGACCGAGAACGGCGUGAAGCAGGAGUACCGCACGUGGAACCCCUUCCGCUCCAAGCUGGCCGCGGCCAUCCUGGGAGGGGUCGACCAGAUCCACAUCAAGCCCAAGUCCAAAGUGCUGUACCUGGGGGCCGCCUCCGGGACCACCGUCUCCCACGUCUCUGACAUCGUCGGCCCGGACGGCCUGGUCUACGCUGUGGAGUUUUCGCACCGCGCUGGCCGCGAUCUGGUCAAUGUGGCCAAAAUGCGAACCAACAUCAUCCCGGUUCUGGAAGAUGCCCGGCAUCCGCUCAGGUACCGCAUGCUCAUCGGGAUGGUGGACGUGAUCUUCGCCGACGUGGCCCAGCCGGACCAGUCGCGCAUCCUGGCUCUCAACGCGCACACUUUCCUGCGCAACGGUGGCCACUUUCUCAUUUCCAUCAAGGCCAACUGCAUCGACUCCACUGCGUCCGCAGAGGCUGUGUUUGCUUCGGAGGUGAAGAAGCUGCAGCAGGAGAACUUGAAGCCACAAGAGCAGCUCACCCUGGAGCCCUAUGAGAGGGACCACGCGGUGGUCGUCGGGGUCUACCGCCCCCUUCCCAAGAGCAAGUAGCAGCCAGAGCAGGGUCUCCCUGGGCUCUCCUCAAGACUGUUGUGUCCAGUCUUCUCGUGUAUGUGGGGGUGUUUUGGCGUGUGUUUUGUUGUUUUUCUAUUAAACCACUUAAAAGAA